CGAUGGCCACAGCGGCUUUCCAGGACUCGGCACCAGCUCAGCUCUGCUUCCCCCUGGGCACAGCCCCCCUGCCGUGGGCCAGCACCAUCACCAUGCACGUCUCCAGGCCCAAAUCUGCCAAGGGACAGAGGCCAAGCUUGAGCCACCGUCAGGGCACGGAAGCCUGUCCGUGCCACGUGCCACCUUCCCCGCCAGCAGCCUCUCCUCGGGAAUUAGUGAAGAGCCGCAGAGCACCGCUCAGCAAAGCGGCCUUCCCACCUGCCCAGGUGUCUCCUGAGGAAAUCCCAAAGCUCCUGCAGCAAGUGCCUUUGAAGAGCUCCUCCUCCCUGAACAAGUACCGGGUGCUCCCCUCCAUCAGCCCGAAGGGCGCAGGGGGCAGCGCCGUGGAAGCGUUGACUGAACGGACCAACCGGCUGGAAGUGAGCGAGGGGCAGGAGGAUGCUCCAAAAACCAUCCAGACUUUGUCUGAAGGACAGGAAUUUGCCAGCGCGCUGUCAGGAAGCGGCAUUCCCACUGAAGAGAGCUCACACGUGCCCUGUGCCCCCGAGCAGUGGGGAGGGCAAGCGAGGCAGGAGAGCCUGGAAGAGCCGCACGUGCUGCUCGCUGUCCGAUCUCCCUCCGGGCGGAGGUUUGAGCACCUCUUCAAGCCCCGUGACAGCCUCCAGACAGUCCUUGCCGUGGCAGGACAGAAACUGCUGGCCAGUUACCAACACUGCAGCGUUGAAACCAUGGAGGUGCCCCGGAGGAGCUUCUCUGACCUUACAAAGUCCCUGCAGGAGUGUGGGAUCCCCCCCAAGUCCGUGCUGUGCAUCCGGCAGGACGAGCAGCACGGUGCAGCAGAUCUUUAG